AUGAACGCAUAUACGUAUCAAACACUCGAAGGCCCGGAAUACAUCAGACUACUUGUGCUGCACCCAGCCUUGUCCAAGACCACGCCCCUACGGAUAGACUUUGUUUCAUCAAAACUCGAAGAUAUCGAAGGAGAUUACGACGCUGUUUCGUACACGUGGGGAAAACCAGUUUUGACGUUUCCCUUAUAUGUUGGCGAGGAUGGCAUGCAGGUCUAUGUUACGGAGAAUCUCGAUCGGGCACUUCGAUACCUACGCUACGAAACUCGCGAACGACUGCUUUGGGCUGAUGCUGCGUGCAUCAAUCAGAAAGAUAAUGAAGAAAAAGCGAUACAAAUCCCUCUGAUGGUCCAGAUAUUCCGGGGUGCACGAAGUGUCAUGGCUUGGCUCGAUCCGGGCGGAGACACUGCAAUCGAGCAAAAAGGCAUGCGGAUAGUUGAACGUCUAUCUCGAGCGCCCAAGAAUGGAGAUGAAUUGUUACAGGAAAAUCUCCACAGCGUACAAAGUUUCUUGAAACUUCCCUGGUUUAACAGACUGUGGAUAGUGCAAGAAGUUGUCUUCAGUAUAGAGGUUCGCUUGAUAUGCGGCGAAACGGAUCUUCCCUUCUCCCGGUUUAUUGCUGGGCUUUGUCAAGUGAAGCCCCUGCUCGAGGCUUCUUGCAACAACCCUGAAGACCUAGUAAGAAUAAGAGGCAUUGGCGAAAUUGAAAAACUCUGGAGCCACUAUUCGCGCUUCCAGACUUUAUUCGAUUCCGACGAUGAGAUCACAAAAGUCGAUGAAGUCACCGAGAUCACCGAUGUUGUGGCCUUGGUAGAGAAGUUCGCACUGUAUGGGUGUACAGAUCCACGAGAUCGUAUAUUCGCUUUGUUUAGCAUGGCGACCAAUGUCCGACCGGCAAGAUGCAAUCUCCAAGAAGAUCACGACUCCCAGACAGGCGACUCCCCCCGCACAAACGACGACCCACAAACAGAGUAUACUGAGCAUGGACAGAGUGAUAAAAUUUACAUGAAUAUUGACUAUGCGCUUAGUGUGGAUGAAACUUACGAGACUUUCGCGCUUGCUCGAUUGAAUGCAGACAAAGAGGGGGCGGAGCUGAUUUGGGAGGCCGUGUUUUCCCGUCAAUACUCACCUCGACCGAUCACUUGGCCGUCGUGGGUACCGGAUUGGCGGAUUCCACCUCGACAAACAAUGCCAGUUUCCUAUCAGAGGCUCUUGGGAGAUGGUUAUCAUGGGGUGGAUCUUAAGGCUCGCCGACUUGCAACAGGUGUUAUUCGGAUGAACAUCCCCAUUGGAAAGCACUACCCUGACGAAACAGAUCAACAGCUCUAUAAUGUCACAUGGAAGAUGUCGAGAAAAUCAGAGGAUGCCGCAACAUCAUUACAAUCACAGUUGUUGCAGCUGUACAGAAUGCUAUCCAACCCUGUGGUUGUGCAAAGAUCCGAUCAUUUUCCAGGAAUGCUAGCGCAUUCGUCUUCUAAGCUCAUCCCUAAGAUUUUCCCCGCUCUUCUCACCAAAAUCAUUCAUAAGCUUGUUGGCAAGGAGACUUUUACCUGUGAAGAUUCGGACGAAGACGAUAUGUCUUCGCAACUUGGACGGCAUUUCGCUAGGAUGUCGAUGAUACCUGAAGCAGAUGGUGCGCACUUCGGUCCAAAGCCAUCUUCUUCCGAUGUUCAAGAUGUUUUCGACAAACUGGAUCAAAAUCUGGGGGACACCGCAACCUUAUUUUGCUUUCAAGACCCAGGCACUGGUGUGCAUUCAUUCGGCUUGGGCGAUACGAGAAUUGAACCUGGUGAUCGCAUCAUACUUCUGGGGGAUCUCUAUCGCUCGGCAAGAUAUGGGUCAUCCACGACGACACUUGUACUUCGACAAUGCAAUCCAGCUGAAUCCGCACAUGUUGGAAGUCCGGUCUAUCAGCUUGUCGGUCGAGGCUAUAUAUAUGAUCCGACUUCUGUGUUGCUAAGAGCCGAGUUCAAGAAAUACUUCCAUUCCACUGAAGGUGAGAAGAUAAAUCCUCUUGGGUUUAAAAAGCGUUGGCGCAAAUUCUCAUCUUUCAACAAGACAUUCCAAAAGUCUAACUACGUGUUGAAUGUGGCUUAA